AUGUCACACAAAAUAAAGCUAAGAGACAAUGUCAUGUACGCCACGAGCCCGAUGAUAAACGAGGACGACAUUGCCGACUUCGUUUCGAAUAUGAAUCUUUACAAAUGGAAAGGAGAGGAGGAUGGGAUGGGCGGUCAACAGGAGGGUCAACGGAAGGGUCAACGGGAGGGUCAACAGGAGGGUCGACUCACGUACGAAUCGACGGGCAGCCUGCCGGAGGGAAGCUCCCACCCCUACCCCGUUAAGGAAAUACAACUCGGAAGCUUAAAAAUCUCCGACUGGGGUAUGUCCAUCCUCAUCCCCUGCCUGCUGAGAAGCAGCAACUUGGUUACGCUUAAUUUAUCGAGCAACGAUUUGACUAAUGAUAGCGCAAAAAUCCUGGCCAAGUGCCUCAAGUACCUUCCCCGACUCGUCUCCCUAAAUCUUUCCAACAACCUGAUUAAGUCCGACGGUGCAAACGAAAUUGUCGAGGAGUUUUUCCCCCCGAAGUUUCCGUCCAAAAGAGAAUUCUCCCCAGGUCGGAAAGAAAUAGACACCAAUUUUCACCAGAACAGUCAGGCAAAAAGUGACAUAAAAAAUCACAUAAAAAAUAUACAAACAAAUGUACGUGAACUGGAUUUGUCCGACAAUCAUUUGGGACCCUCUGUUAUGUUAAAAUUAAGUAACCUCAUCAGUAAGGAUAAUAAUGAGAGAAUCAAAUUAUACAUAAGAAAUAUAGAACUGAAUGAUGAGAAUUUAUCCUCCUUUUUCCAGAAAUGCACACACGUACACAGUUUAAAUAUGUCUGAAAAUGCCAUUGCUUCCGCCUUAUUCUCUGAGCACAUGAAAAUGUUGUUUACCUCCCAAUUAAACUUAAAAGAAUUACAUUUAUCUGGGAUAUGCUUUGGUCAAAAUGGAACACACAAACAGGAAAAUGGGAAUGAACUGCUUAAAGAGCUGAUUAACGGACUUAGUAAAGCGCCCAACUUGUCUAUUUUCUCCUUUGCAAACAAUAAAGUUAAUGACCAUGGAUUUUCACUUUUCUGUCAAUUUUUAAAAAAAAAUAAAAACAAAAUUACAGCGAUUGAUUUUUCGAAUAAUGACAUUUCCGACAUGAACAAUCUCAGCGAAGCGUUAAAAAAUAAAGAGACGUUAAAAAUGAUUAACUUAUCAAAUAACAGAAUUACGGAUGGAAAAUUGAAACAUUUCUGUUACCAAACUUUGUCAUUCAAUCUCAGCAUUGCGGAACUUUCCCUGUCGAAUAAUGACUUGACGGAUUUUUCUUGUGCUUACUUUGCCGAUGCGUUAGCGAUGCAGUGUAGCAUUGUAGAAAGAUCAAUUAAGUUGAAGACGCAGCUGCGGGGGGGAGAGGCCUUCCCGACCAUGGUCCUUACGCUUCCCAGGGAAGAGGUAGGAAGUACGGUUGAAGUGGGCAACCAAGAUGAUUUAACCGCUCAGGAAUUCCCCGAAAUUGACUCGCAAAAAUCGACGUCCAACUCGAGCGAAGGCAACUCAUUCCCUCUCCAUCUAACCAAAGCAAAAGAAACGAAUUCCAAAAAUGACGACUCGCAGAUGAUACACAAAGUGAAGGAGCUCAUCACGAACCGACACAACGAACAGCAUAAUUUCUUUUCCUCCAUCGGUGUUCCAUCCCUUAACAGAGCUAGCGAAACGUCGAAACUGCUGUUCUUGCAAGAAAAAAGGAGAAACGUAAUAUAUGACAAAAACGACGACUUUUACGAAUGCUGUGAUUCAUUUUCGCUCAACUGUUUUAGAGGCCUCAAAUAUCUCAAUGUGUCCGGGUGUCGCAUUAAUAGCAGAGGCUUGACUCUCCUCAUUAAUUCACUUAACAUGUCCUAUUGUGCAUUGGAGUUUUUGGACGUUUCUUCGUCCGCUAGCGAUCUAACGGAGGCAACACACCAGGCAUUCGCCUUACUCAUUGCAGAGAAAAGAGGCAAAUUCGAAAAAAAUGACAAUUUCCAUUUUGAACAUUUGCCGCUUACCGUCCGCGGGGUUGCGCCCACACUAAUUCCCCUCAACGACUCGGAGGAUAACACGGAUGGGGACAGCAUAGGUUAG